AUGUCAUCACGCUGGCUUCGCCGGCCAGCCGGCACCUUACUAUCCACAAUCACAAGGACAAUCCAGCCAGCCGCCUGCUCUCCGCUCUACAGUGUGGCACGAAGAUCACAUACAAGCGCGCAGGCACUGGGUAUCGCGGCGAGGCCGAGACUCGCCUCACCACCGACCUCGAAGUCAUCGGCCAUUACGCCAUGGGGUGCCCGCGGCAUAUUUAUUCAGACCGAAAACACUCCGAAUCCCGACGCUCUCAAGUUCUUGCCAAACCACAAAGUGGUACCUCCCGAGAUUUCCACGCCUUUUAUCGAAUAUCUCAACCCACGGAGCACUAUCUCACCACCGUAUCCGUCCCCCCUAGCUGCGGAGCUGAUGAAUAUCGACGGGGUGAAGUCUGUCUUCUACGGACCUGACUUCAUUACCGUGACGAAGGCGUCAGACGCAAACUGGGUGUACAUCAGGCCCGAGGUUUUCAGCAUGAUCACUGAGACUUUGACAUCCGGCCAACCAAUAGUCUCUGAGAGCAAGAAGGAGGGUGCCGAGGGAGACCAGGAUACGAUAGAGGCCGACAGCUUAAGCUACGACGAAAACGAUAGCGAGGUCGUAGGUAUGAUCAAGGAAUUGCUUGAGACUCGAAUACGGCCUGCGAUUCAGGAAGACGGCGGGGAUAUCGAGUUUCGUGGCUUCCAGGACGGGUAUGUGAAUCUAAAGCUGAGGGGAGCAUGCCGGACGUGCGACUCGAGUACGGUGACUCUGAGGAAUGGGAUCGAGGGGAUGUUGAUGCAUUACGUGAGUUGCCCUUCUAUCGGUUUGAUCCUAGCCUACCACUCUGCUGGCGCAGCGGUCUCAGCUCUGGACGUUGGCAGACAGCGCACGCUAAUAGAAGAGGUCAAGGGAGUGCACCAGGUCAUGGACCAGGAGGAGGAGAUCGCAAUGAAAGAAUUUGCAAAAUUUGAAGAGAAACUCAGGGCACAGAAGGGACCCGACGCAGCUCCAACGACACCCGGCAAGGACUCACUAGAUUCUGUCCCCGGAUGAGCUAGUAGAAAUGUGUGGCAUGCGCUCAUCCGACGUAGAGUGGGAAUUAACCCCGAGCACAUCAAUUUACGGGUAAUAAGAAUAUCCUGACCCUAUUCUAACGUUCUGUGAGGCGACAUUGAUCAUGGGUCUGGUGAGAUGUUUGACAAGCCAUCGCACCGAGCAGAGUUCACUCCUGGUGGCGACCUGUCGACAUCCCGAGCGGGUGCCCAUGCGGUCGCCGAUCGGUCAGCACCUAGGACCAGUCGCCUCGACCACCUAAGUUUUGACGAGGGGACCCGAUCCGUCAUAUCCCCGUUCGAUAUACAAGGAGGCCGGUAUCUGGCUAGCUUCGGUCGCUGGCGAUAGGCACUCUGCAUACAUAGCCGAGAUCUCUCCAAGCCGGUCAUUGUGUUGCCCCUCGAAUCUCGCCCUGAUGCUCAAGUUUCGGUGCC